GCCCGAAACCGGAUUCAGUGUAACCGAUGGACGAGGCGGCCAAGGUGCGCGAGGCGGCAUGGCUCGUCGAGGACGCGUUCGCUGGCAUCGCUCGCCCGCACCCCGACUGCUCGCAGUCUGUCAACGUGGCAUGCUUUAACCUCUCGUACCGGCUGUAUUACCCCCGGCGGCUCGCGGUGCUCCUCCUCCUCCUUCUCUCGUACGUGGAAGUGCCCUUUUGGUGCCGUGGUGUCGACGCCCGCGCGCCGUGCGGAGACCCCGGUGCGCCUGUAACGCCGCUGACUUUUAACCUGCCGACGCUGUCGCGGUCGACGGCGUUGCUGGUCGAGCUGAGCUGCCUCGGCGUCGUCGGUGUAAGUGAUCUUCUUCUCGUGGUCGCCCUUCGGCGCCACUUUGCCGCUCGGCGCGAUCGCGUCAUGGUGCUGCUGCUCACGAUCGCUGCGUGCAUGAACCGCCUUUUCCUCGGUGACGUGGCAGCACAAAUCGCGCUCUUCUUGCGACUCGGGAUUUUUGUGCUAACAUUUCAGACUGUCCGGAGCACGUACCUCAAAAUGUUUGCUGUGCUCAACAAGGUCCAGCACAUCCUAAGUCUCGUCGCGGUGUACGUGUGUUUCUUUGGCUGGCUCGCCACGAUCCUCUUUCAAGACACCGCCGAAGGCGGCACCAUGUCGACGUACGUCGAGUCGUCGUGGCAGAUGCUGAUUUUGCUGACCACCGCCAACUUUCCCGAUGUCAUGUUGCCCGCGUACAACAAGAGCCGGUGGCAAGCAUCCUUCUUCAUCUUCUUCCUCUGCUUUGGGCUCUUCUUCCUUCUCAACGUCAUCCUCGCCCAGAUUUUCUCCAACUACCAGCAAAUCGCAUCGUCUGAAGCGAUCGACCUCGACGACAACCGCCAGCGCAUGCUUACCGAGGCGUACGAUAUCCUCAGCAGCAUGCGGCCACCGCCCCUCGACGUUGCCUUGUGCCAUCAACUGCUGCUCGAGUUGCAGCGGUACCGUGCGGCACCACGUACAACGCAGAGCCAUCGCCUCUUGAUUGUGGAGGAGCUGGAUGUCAAGGGUCUCGGGCUCAUUGCGAGACACGACUUUACACGCCUUUGCGAGGUCAUGCUGGCGACGACGCGCGCUCGGUUGCACCAGCCGUCCGAGGUGCAGCGCUGGUGCCCGCGCCUGGCGUCGACGCAUUGCUUUCGCGCGUUUUGCAGCAUGGUGCAGCAUCGGUUCUUUGAGCUCAGUAUCGACGUCCUCCUUGUCCUCAACGCAUUGGUUAUUAUGAUCGAGUUUGCGACGCCGGCACAUGCGACCGGCUUGCGCAACUGGGAGCUCGUCGACUCGGGCUUCUCCCUUGUGUACGUGCUCGAAAUGCUCUGCAAGCUGCUCGUCUACGGCGCCAGCGCGUACUGGGAUGACGGUCGCAACCGCUUUGACGCACUCAUCACCGUGACGUCGCUGAUCAUCGAUGUCUACGCCUACAUCCCCAAUGCGUACAACGACCACAUGAUGGUCAAGGUGCUAUUAACGACGCGCUGUCUUCGGAUUCUUCGGCUCAUCAUGAACAUCUCCCACUACCGCGUCAUCUUCCUCACGUGGCUGCGACUCCUACCCGUGGGCAAGAGCUUGCUUCUCGUGCUCUUUUGCAACAUGAACCUCUUUGCAGCGCUCGGACACGUGCUCUUUGGCGGAAAGAUCUCGCCGAGUCGCAUGAACAGCGAGUUUCCGGCCUCGAGCUACACGACGAGUGGGUACGCGGCCAACAACUUCAACGACAUUCCGAGCGGUAUGGUGACGCUUUUCGAGCUUCUCGUCGUCAACAAUUGGUUCGUCAUCGCCGAGGGUCACGUGCUCGUGACGUCGAUCUACGCGCGGUUCUUUUUCAUCGCGUUCUGGCUCCUCGGCGUGAUCUUGACCCUCAACCUCUUUGUUGCUUCGAUUCUGGAUGCGUUCGCGUUGGAGUUUGCUUCAAACCAACGUCAAAUGAGCGUCCUCAAGCCGCUAGCAAUCAGCGACACCCGCAGCCCCUUGGCCCACACGUCCCUGCCAUCGCCGUGA